AUGUUAAAGUAAAGAGAUUAAGAAAAAGUAGCCAAAAUUAGAGAAAACUAAGUGUAGCUGAUAUCUUCUUUGCAAAAAGCAGAGCAAAGCGCUGAAUUAAUUUUUAGUAGACUGGUUAAUCAGAAUAUUAAGCAAGCUGAGACUAUAAAAAAUAUAAAUUAAGAUGUUGUAUAAAUAGAAAAUCAAGUAGAAAAAAUGAAAGCAAGGAUAGAGAAUAUCACAUCUAAAAUAUUGAAUUUGGUAGAAAUAAAUGAACAAGUAAAUAGGGAAGUGAUGAAUAGAUAAGCUGCAGUAGUAAUAUAAAAAUGUGCCAUAGAAAUUGAAUAAUAUUAAAAUAAAAAACAAAAAGAUUUGGAAGAUUUAAAAUAGAAUUUUAGUAAAUUAGCAUGA